AGUGGGUCGUUGUUGUCGACUAGUACAGGCUUCGUACGAAAUGUUCCCGUACACUUGCGGUCUCCAUUCUCUCUCGCCGUCAUCGUCAGAGUAAAACUCUAUUUGGCUGAGCACCUCGAUACACCUGUCCAAAGGAGUGAGUUUGUAGUUGUAGUAGUAGUAGAAGUAUUCGCUUGCCGUUUCCACCGUGGAUUUCCACCAACUUGCUGCUGAAACGAGACUUUGUAUAGACAGACGGUGUCGGUCUACGGCUCGUGCCGCUUUACGCAGAUGCACCAGUGCACCGGUUAUAUCGCUAUACAACAAACAACACGCUCCAUUACUGGUAUCAUCAGCUGCUGUUGUUGCUUCUGUUGUUGGAAUAGAGCGCAAAACGUACAAGAAAGCUCCGGACGAGUCCGCGACGCCGGUGUUUCCCGGAUAUGUUGUGAACGGACCGAUGCAUCCCGUGCCGAAUUUUCGCGGCGGUGACUGACGAAAUCGUAAUCGAUUGUUUUGUGAACUUUUUUUGUGGCAAAGUUUAUUAAUUAAGUACUUACUUGACUUAGCACCAUGUGCAGCAAAGAACAAAUAACGGAAAUAAUGGAUAAAAUUCAUAUGGGUCUUCCUCGGUGUUCCGUAAAAAUUCCCACGGUUAAGCUGCCAACGUGGGACAGUGUCACCAGCGCCCUGCCUCGAGUCCACUGUCCAGCCAUGCCGGCCGUGCGCAACCGCCGCGGCUGGUGCGGCUGUUUACAGAACGAUGAACCACCGGAAAUCACCUAUUGUGUUGUUGAAAACUCAGGAACGCUAUCUCUACAAGCCCUUACUCCAACACAACCUAUGCCUUCGGAAGAUGAACUUGAUGCCAAAUUUGCAGAACUCGUGGAAGAACUUGAUCUCACAGCGCCAAACAAAACAGCCAUGCUCAAUCUCCCUCCAGAGAAAAAAUGGCAAAUUUACUGUUCCAGGAAAGGCGGUGAAGACUUUGUUGAUCAGGACCAUGCCCCAGAACAUUACAUCGAAAGAUUACAGACUUUGGCUACGCUUCAAUACCCCGAAACAAAUACGGAAGAAGAAGUUCGCACAAGAACGAAACAAAUCGAUGGAUUAAAAACUGCCCUGAGGACGUCGACGCACAGCUUUGUUAUAAGAUUCAUGGAGCUGAACGGCCUGCCGGCUCUGUUGGAAUUCCUGGAGAGAAUGGACUACUUUACAAGUCAAAGCUCUAUACAUACGAGUAUCAUAGGAUGCGUUAAAGCCCUCAUGAACAACUCAAUGGGAAGAGCGCACGUUUUAGCACAUCCUACAAGCAUAAACAUUAUAGCUCAGUCGUUGAGUACAGAAAAUAUCAAAACGAAAAUAGCAGUCUUAGAAAUCCUCGGUGCGGUCUGUCUAGUCUCAGGUGGUCAUAAAAAAGUAUUAGAUGCGAUGCUGCAUUAUCAAAAGUACGCCUACGAACGGACCCGAUUUCAAGGCAUUAUCAACGACUUGGAUAGAGAUACCGGAAUUUAUCGGGACGAAGUUAAUCUUAAAACUGCAAUUAUGUCAUUCAUUAAUGCAGUUCUUAAUUACGGACAGGGUCAAGAAAAUUUAGAGUUUCGCUUACACUUGAGAUACGAAUUUCUGAUGCUAGGUAUUCAACCAAUAAUCGAUAAGCUUAGGAGGCAUGAAAAUGAAACUCUAAACAGGCAUCUGGACUUCUUUGAGAUGGUACGAAAUGAAGAUGAAAAGGAACUUGCCAGAAAGUUUGAACAGGAUCAUGUCGAUACAAAAAGCGCUUCUUCAAUGUUUGAAGUAAUCCGAAAGAGACUAAGUCACUCAGCCGCAUAUCCACAUCUCCUUUCGGUUUUGAAGCAUUGCCUUUUGAUUCCUUUAGACUACGGAUCGUAUCCACAACAUUGGCUCUUGUUUGACAGAAUUGUUCAGCAGAUAGUUUUACAGCAAAAUGAUCCCAGCAACCCACAAAAACCCAAAGACCCAGACCUUUCACCAAUUAAUAUAAACGUUAAAGAAUUAGUACAUUUGUUAGCCAAAGAAGAAGAACUUGUCGAAGCAAGGAAGAAAGCUGAAGAAUUGGAAAGGGAAAAUAGUGAUCUGUCGAAUCGACUGGCCAAAAAAGAGCAAGAGCUCGAUCAAAAAACACAGGAGAAGGAAGAUAUAGAAUCAAGUCUGACACGAAUCAAAGAAAGAUUAGAAAAAGAGACGGCUGCUCAUAUGGAAAUUCGUCAAAAGUUUGAAGAACUAGAAUACCGAGCAGCAGAUUUGGAUCGACAAAUUUCUUGCGAACGUGGAGAACGGUAUCGCCUUGAAAAGAUUGUCACUUCUGGAAGUAUACCGGACGAUGCAAAAAUGAUUGGGCUUCAAAACGGAACAAUUGAAGUAAACGGACUGGGCUACAAAGAAGAUUAUUCCAUACCACCACCGCCUCCCCCAUUAGUUCCCCCGCCUCCUCCUGCACCUGGUCCACCUCCACCACCAUGUGCACCUACUGCUCCCCCAAGUGCUCCUUUAAAAGUGGAAAUUAUAAAGAAGAACAUUCCUCAACCUUCGAAUCCUUUGAAAUCGUUUAAUUGGUCCAAAUUGCCUGAAACGAAAGUUUCUGGAACGAUAUGGAGCGAACUAGACGACACCAAACUGUACAACGCAAUGGAACUGGAUUCAAUCGACAAACUGUUCUGUGCCUAUCAAAAGAACGGCAUUGCUAAUGAAGGAUCAGUUGAAGAUCUUCGAACGUUAGGGAAAAACAAAACCAAAGUGCUGUCAGUAAUUGACGGUCGUCGUGCACAAAAUUGCACCAUUCUUUUAUCGAAAUUAAAAAUGUCUGAUGAAGAGAUAUCAAAGGCUAUCUUAAGUAUGGACAGCAAAGAACAGCUACCUAUUGAUAUGGUAGAACAACUUCUCAAAUUUACUCCUAGUCCGGAAGAAGCAGCUCUGUUGGAGGAACACAGUCACGAUAUCGAUUCCUUGGCUAGAGCUGAUCGAUUUCUUUACGAAAUUUCCAAGGUACCUCAUUACGAACAGCGGUUACGAAGCUUGCAUUACAAAAAAAGGUUUCAAGUAACUCUCACCGAAAUAUCGCCGAGAAUUGCAAAUGUAAUGGAAGCUUCCCGAGAAGUGGCCAGAUCUCGUCGUUUACGCAGGCUAUUAGAGGUUGUAUUGGCACUUGGAAAUUACAUGAAUCGCGGUGCUCGUGGAAAUGCUUUGGGUUUCCGAUUGGCCUCCCUAAACCGUUUGGGUGAUACCAAAUCUAGUGCCGCCAAGGGAACCACACUGUUACAUUAUUUGGUGCAAAUUUUAGAAAGAAAGUUCAAAGACGUCCUGAGAAUCGACGAAGAUAUUCCACACGUCAGAGAUGCAGCCAAAGUAUCCUUGGGUGAACUCACGAAGGAUAUGGGUCAAUUAAGGGCCGGUUUAAAAGAUGUCGCCCGAGAAAUUGAAUUCCACCGGGGACAAAGUCCACUGGCUAACGACAAAUUUGUUCCCGUAAUGAGAGAAUUCCAAGCUACAGCCACCUGUCGGCUUGCAGAGAUCGAAGAUCAAUUUCAGGACAUGAAGACAAGAUUCGACCGUGCUGUUCGUCUAUUUGGAGAAGAUCCCACUGUGAUGCAACCCGAUGAAUUUUUCGGAAUUUUCGACUCAUUUCUGGCUUCGCUCCAAGAAGCACGACAGGACAAUGAAAAUAUGAAAAAACGUCAAGAGGAGGAAGAAAAGAGAGCUAAACAGGAGGCAGAGUUGAAAAAGUUGACCCUUGAAAGGAAACACACACGUGAAGGAAUCCUUUCUUCAAUAAACAAAAAUACGGGAGUGAAAAAUGGCGAUUCCAGCGGAAAAGGCGAGUUUGACGACUUAAUAUCAGCUUUAAGAACGGGAGAUGUUUUCGGAGAGGAUAUGGCGAAAUUCAAAAGAUCGAGGAAGUCAAAAGUUUCGUCGGGAAAUUCACCCCCGCGAAGAAAUUCAGUAAACAGAGAGGACAGUCGAGAAAGAGUUAUAAGUAUCCGACAACAAUAAAUAUAUACGUACAAUAUUAUUUACUAAUAAAUAUCAGGAUGACAACACCACUAUGUUUUUUACAUCUAAUGUUAAUUCCAUUUUAAGCUUGGCCAAAUUACCAUUAUACCUUUACGUGUUUAAUAAUUAACAGUAGUCGUCACAAUGAUAUUUUCAGUGGACCAGAGCAGUGAAUGAAAUGGAUGAUAACAAUGAACCCGUACAGAUUUCGUAGUCGUUAUCUAAACGGACUGCUGCUAUCUAUAAUUGUGUAUCUAUAUGUAUUAUACGACUUUUGUAUGUGUUAUAUUUGUACGUUUUUAUAAAAAUAGUUCGUAGUCUAUUAAAUGUUUGUAUGGC